AUGCAGCAUACAGCUAGACUUGCUAUCCCGCGUCUCCCUGCGCCUCGGCGAGGUCGUAUAGCUAUAUGCUCCUACUCUACUAGGCGCCCACGACGUGUAGAGCCGCGUGCACAGGAUCUAUCAGCGCGCUUCCAGCAACUCGAGCGCACGCUUCGCACCAAGGAGACGCUAGAGGACCAACUGGCCGACACACAUCAUGUUCGCUCGUCCGCGAACUUAGCCCCAUCCUCUCAGGAUAUACAGCCUAGACGCUUGGUCAAACCUUCGCGUAUGUUUCAUGGGUUGAUCAUCCCGGACAAACCCUCUGAACCCGAGGCGGACGAAUGCUGCAUGUCUGGUUGUGCUGUCUGUGUUUACGACUUGUAUGACGAAAGUCUGCAGUCGUACAAGGAGUCUCUUGCUGCCGUUCGCGCGUCAUUGGCGAAGAUGGAUAUCCCCGAGGCUGAUUGGCCGGCUGAUAUCCGCGCCGAAUCGGCGUCUACCCCAAGUACUCCGCGGGAGAAAAGCGUCGCUCUCAGCGCUUUUGAGGAGAUGGAGCGUCAAUUGUUGGAGAAACGUACUCAACAGGCGAACAUCGCCGCAUCUCGGGAGGAGAAGCUUCGUGAUCCCAACCAAAGCGAGCGGGAGAGAACCUUGGCCCGGCAAAUAGCACUUGAAAGGGUCAAGCAGAUGCGGGAGAAGAAGGCACGCGUCACAUUGAAGGACGUAUAUGAGGCGCUGCGAUGGAUCACGUUUAGUAACAGAUAA